GAAACAGGAAGUAAAAAUUCCAGCGCCAGCUGACGUGUACAAAGCAUGAAACUCAAAGAAAUGACAGACGCUCUAAAAAGUAAAAAAGUAAUUUUAGCGCUAUUGUCAUUCGGUUUAAUUAUUAAUGAGUGCUCAUCAUCAAGGAUAUCAGAUUUACGUCUGUGUGGUGACAAGGAAUGCAAGACAACUUUAUCGUAUGGACGUACCUUGGCUAAACACAUGCAGAAUGAUCCAAUCUUCCUAAACUUUGAGAGAAAUGUGAUGUUGGAAAUAACAAGCAAAUCUGCAGGGGAUCGACCUGAUUUGUGGGGCGGGAGAUUAGAUGGAAAGACAGGCUAUUUUCCAAGAUCUUUUGUAAGGGAAUACAAAGUUGAAAACCCAUCUCCACAGUUUAUUGUGCCAACAGAGAUCUCAGAUGGGAAGGUUAUUGAGCUUCAGGAGAAGCCUGUCACACCCCCAAACAAAGCUGAAGAUGACACAGAAGUGGAUGAGGAGGAAGAUCAGGAUGAUACAGAGGUGGAAGAUGAGGAGGAUGACCUGUGGUGGGAGGAUGAUAAAGAUAAAGGAAAUGCAAAAAAAGAUGAACAGAAAGAACAAGAAAAACCUAUUCCUCUGAGUCCAGGGCCUCCAAAAGACAAUACUCAAACAGAACAGAAAGACAGCAUCAAAAGAGAGCAAAAUGUGGAGAGCCAGAGUUCAGAUAGCCAACAAGAGGAACCAGGGGGAGGGAAGGAGAAUCAGGGGACCGAAACAAAGGUAGAAGAAAUUGAUCCUGUUCCCAGUGGUGAGAAAGACCCCACAGAGGCCAAGGAGGCAAGAGAAGGACAAAGUAAACCCCAAAAUGAAGCUAAUGAAGGAGGAGGCAGUCAGCUUCAUAUUAAAAAAGAAAAUAGGGUGAAGGAAAAGCUGGAUGAAUUAAGAGAGUCAUUGUUCUCUCUACACAAUACUGAUGAUGAAGACAAAGUUAAAAUUGAUGAAUUAAACAAAAUGCUGGAGGAAGGAUCGAAAAAGAAACAACCAGAGUCAACUGAGGAAGUACCCUCUACAAUUUCCACAGAAAAACCCGACUCUGCUGUUACAGACUCAGAACAGGGACCGUCUCAGAAGGUAGAAGAUGAUGUGAAAACAGAUGAUGAAGCACUUAAACUACCAGGACUGUCAGAUUUACUAAAGGAAGGAGUAGAUGAUGCUAAAAAAGUGUCAGAGGAUCUUAAACCCCCAGAGGAAGACGAGACAGAGAUUGGAGAUGAAACUGAGAUAAGUAAUGAAGAAAGCAGCACCCAGGCCAAACAGGAAGUGAUAAAGGAUGCUGGGAAGGAUGCUGACAGUAUACUUCCUGAUGGUUUACCUGUUGGUCCUCCUAUGACUGACAAGGAAGGCCUUUCAUCAGGACAGGGGGCCCCAGCUGUAGGGAUCCAGCCAUCCUCUGUGAUACAAAACAAAAAGGAAGAAGACACACUUCUUCAGAGUUCAUUUACUGCAGAGGAAAGUGCUUCCCAAACUGUGGAGCAGAGAGCUGGUAGUACAAGUACUCCAGGACUGACAGAAAUACAUUCCUCAGUAACGGAGGCUUCCACAGUCAAUGAGGCCCCACAGCAGACAGCUAUGGAGGGUUACACUAUCAUUGAUGGAACUCCAUUCCCCUUGGAUAUGUUUGAAGACCCCACUUCUACAGGAAAUGUUGCAAAACAGACAGAAUCUGUGAUGUUGUUCUCGACACCUACUCAGCAGCACACUUCAAGUGUGUCAGUGGAUCAUAUCUUUACUUCAUCAGAACAAGAGAGGGCAAAACAAACCACAGCACAGUCAAAGACAGUAUCUGAAUCUUUGGAACAAAGUUCUCAACCUCCUGUUGUGUCAUCUCAAACAAAGACAGAUGUAGAAUCAGUCAGGGUUGAUACUGCUUCCUCAACAGAUAUAGUUCCAACAGAAACUGGAGGUGUUACUGCGUCUUCAGAAAUUGGUUCAGAAUCCCCAAAAGUGGGUACAGAAUCAAUAGAUUCUAAACAUUCUGUGCCUGAUACAAGGAAAGGGAUUGGAAAAAUACAAGCUGAAAAAGCUGUAAAGGAAGCAGUCAAGUCAGAGAACAUGACCGCAAUGAUGGAUUUGGAAAAAAGUGCUAAUAAUACAUUGUCUCAAGUAAAAGAUGCUCAUGCUGAAGAUAAUGAAGACAAGACUGCUGCAAAUGUUAAGGAGAAUAAUGAAGCAAACAUGCAAAAGACUGAAACAGAAGUUAAGGAAAGCUCUGAAAAUGUCACAGAUACCAAAAGCAAAAUAGGAGAAGGUAAACAGAAACCAGCAGAAACUGUAGAGGAGCAAAAACCAUUGGAAUCCAGUGAACAACCAAAUCUGUCAGUGCUCAAGUUUUUGGGUGAAGAAGAUACCAGUCUUGAUUCAGUUAGUGAUGAUGAAAAUGUAAGAGAAAUGAAUAUUCCUAAUGAGGGGGAAAAGACAGUGGAAGAGGGAAAACAGGAGCAGAUAAAUGGAGAGAUGACUGAUAAACCCAUCCAGGAGCAGAUGAUAGCUUCAACUGUUCCCUCUACUUCCCCAGUAGAACAGCUCAUGUCUUCCAUGGAGAGUGAUUACAGAAUGGACAACAAAAAUAUAAUUGACAACACAAAAAAUACAGCCAUUGCUGGUGACCAACAGAAUGCCUCUAAGACUGUUAUUGACACUGAUCAUUUAAAGAUUGAGCUUCCCCCCACUGUGGAUGCUUACUCUACUGCUGAUUUCUUAUCCAGGAAACCACUGUCACAUGAACCUCACAAACUCCCAGACUCUGUAAAAGAAGAAGGCAAGCCAGAAGAAAUACCCAAAGAUGUUGGUGAACAGAAAGAGGAAACAGUCACAGAGGCCCCUCUUCUGUCAACAACUCAACCAGAGACAGAAACAUCCUCAACUGCAGACAAAGGAAUUAUGGAAGAGAAUAAACAAGAAACAGUUACUGAAAGUCCAAUAGUAUCAACAACAUUGUCUGGUAGUGAUGGAGCAGAAAUUCCUCCACCACCUACUGCACCCAAAGAAUCUACCACACAGCCCAGCUCUGGUCAGUCUGCAGGGGAACCAGCCCCAAAACCUGAGGAGGUCUUUAUUCCAAGAGAAGGUGGUCAGAGUUCUUCCGUGUCCAUGCAAGACAUCCAGUCAUCAUCAACAGAUACAGUAUUCACAACAGAGACAAUUCCUAAAGACUCAGAGUCAACAACACAAGGAGAGCAGGCCUCUACUAGUUCAUAUGAGCAGGAGGAGUUUUUGUCACGGAAGAUCAAUGAUGCAGAUCUGGAGGAGAAGGAAGAUAUGGCAUACAGAGCUGAGAUGAAGGGAGACCGAUUCCAUAAGAGCUUAAUAACAAAGCUUCCCCCCUCAGUGCAGGCACUGCUUGAACAGGAACCACUUGGACUGUCUCCACAGAUGACAAUUCUUGUUACCAUAGUUACCUUAGCAUCUCUGAUGAUCGUCACUUGCUGCAGUGUCAUUUUAGGGGGAGGCAGAAAAACUAAGAAACAAGACCCUGUUGUUGUGGUUAGAGGCCUGGAAGAGAAAUUGUUCAUUCUUACCAAAGAGAAGGAGAAUUUGGAGGAUGAACUCAGUGACCUUCAGGAGAAGAUGGAGUGUAUUGAGGAGGAUAAGAAGUCCACACAGUCUUCUGUUGGGGAUAUUCAGAAAGAUUUACAAACUUUACAGCUCCACAACAAUGCUCUGAAGGAACAGGUUGACACUGUGUCUGAGGAGAACACAGAAGUAAAACAAGAACUAUCACAAAAGACAAAGGAACUCCGAUCUAAAGACAACCAGUUGAAAGACUUUGAGAAACAGAUAAAGCAGAAAGAUGAGAAGUACAACAAAACAAAUGAAAAACUGAAAGAAGCUAACAAAGAAGUACAAGAGAAAUCAGGGGAAAUAAAAACAUUGAAAUCUCAGGUGCAGAGUCUGACAGACCAGGUGUCUCACCUAGUGGCAAAUAAAUCACAGUUAAUUGAAGAAGCUCAUGUUUGGAGUGAGAAAGUGAAGGAGCUGACAGAACAGCUGGACUAUGUGAAGGGAGAACAGAAGCAGAUGGCUGAGGACUUAGCUUACAAAGAGAAUGAAAUAGAAGUUCUGAGGGACUGUUUCCUCCAACUGAAGGCAUUUCAGAACCAGGCAGGGGAGGAGGGGGAAGAAGGGGAGGAAAACAGAGACGAGACAGAUUCUGGAAAUAUUGAAUCCAAAUUGAAGUCCAUGAUGGAUGUGUCACAGGUUUCAGCAAAAUUAAAGGCAUCAGAGGAGGAGAAGAGAUCACUAGAAAACAGAUUAGACAUAGAAAUGCAGAGUAGAAGGGACAUGGAAGAGAGAAUCUUGGACUUGGAAAGGAAGGCAGAAAAUCUUCAGUCAGACAAAAUGAAGGCUGAGAGACAAAACAGUGAGGCCCAGACAAAGUUAGAGGUCUUAUCUAGCUACUUCAAACAGAAAGAGCUAGAACUUCAAAGGGAGUUGGGUGAGCAGGAGGCUCUAAAGAAGAUGAAUAUUAACAAGCUGGAGAACUCAGACACAAGAACAAAAAUGAUGCAGGAGGAACUGGAUGGAUCAAAGGCUCAAGUGGAAGAUCUUAAACGGGAAAUUUUAUCAGCUGAGAGAGAUUUCCGAUCUCAGAUAGCAGCUAAUGAAAAGAAAGCUCAUGAGAACUGGCUUGCAGCACGGGCGGCUGAGAGAGAACUGAAGGAGACAAGACAUGAAGCAUCAGUAUUACGACAAAAGUUGACAGAUUUAGAGCGGCGACUGAUGCAGGGACCCCCAGGUGGGCUGAUCAGACCCGUCCCCUCCAGAGGAAUGCCUCCACCAGGCAUGAUGAAUGGUCCUCCCAUACCUGGAAUGGAGAGGCCAGGUUCAAGAGGCCGCUUGCCCCCAAGUGGUCCAAGAGAUGAGGAUUUCCCUGGAUCCCCAGGUCCAGAUUCAGAGAGGAGACCACCCCCUCCCCUGGGUCCUGAUGACAGGAGAAUUCCACCCUUCAAUCCAGAGGACAGGAGAAUGCCCUUCCCAGAGGACAGAAGAGUUCCACCAAUGGACGGCCCUGAUCGACGACAAACACCCAUGGGUUCUCGUGUGCCCCCUCCACAUCCCAUGGACAUUCGAUCACCACCACCUUUUGAUAGGAGGCCUCCUCCACCACUGGAUAGAAGGUCACCACCUCCUUAUGAACGAGGGUUAAGGCUUCCUCCUCCUCCUUUAGAUCCAAGGUCACCAGGACAUAGAAUGCCAUUUCCUCCUGAUAUGCCUCCACCUCCUCAUCUACGAGGUCCCCCAAGGGGACCCCUUUCUCCUCCUCUUCGGAAUGAUGGUCAGGGAAUAGACGCACCCCCUUAUCGACCCCCACACGACCCCGAUAGGGAACCAAGGCAACAGAGCCAGGUUUGAUAAGCUAGAGCAAAGGAUCACCAAAAGAGGACACUAGAACAACUAACAAAGUCCCAAGAUGUCUCAAGAGAUUCAAAAAAUAGACUUCGUGUUCAAAUAGCAUAUUUUUAAUUAGUAAUUAGUAAUAGACUAACAUUUAAUGCGUGAAAAGGAUGCAAAUGUGUGAAACUGUGGUACUAGUACAUGUACCUAAUGUUUGGAAAACUGUGAUAAUAAACGGUUAAAAACCAGGUAUGUAAUGUUGUGUGUCAAAGUGGUAUUUAUGUGACUGUAUCUUGUUUCUAAGAAAACAAUGGUGAAUGUUUUUAGG